AUGCUUAAUUGCCAGCAAGAGCCUGUAUCCCCGCCCGCCCCGACCAGGUACGAGCAUCGGCAGAGCCGUCCUGGCGGCUAUCCAAAAUGUUUCAACAACGACAACAACCGCCUCCGGGCCACCACAUCGGUUCCCACCACUUACAAUUACACACCGGGGCCAGCCACACCCACCACCUCCACUGGGACAUCAUACCGCUCGGUUCCCUUUUCAUCAGUUCAUCAAAGGACUGCUACACACUCACGUUUUGUCAGAAAAAACAAAGCCUGCAAACAUUAUACAAGAGAUGUUGUGUGCUUGCCUUUUUCGUCAGCAUCAACAUUCCGCAUUCCAAGGGGAGACUCAAGAGCAAAUUUAGCACGCAAUGGCCUUAUUGGGAAGAUCUCCUUUACAUCUGACUGGUCUGAAGCACAACUUAAAGAAGAAAUGACCGCCAUUUUCAGAAGAACGUUUGCAUUGUCUAUGGGCCAGUCUUUCCCAUUCGAGUAUUUGAGUACAGUCAAGGGAUGCAAAAGACUAAUGAAACCAAAUGUCUCAAGCAGUUUUCUGUGGGGUGGAAAAGAAGUUGCCUCGAUUAGUUCAGCCACUUGUCUCUUUAUAAUGGCAUCAAUAAGCAAACCUGUACAGGAGGAACCUGAGGAACUCUCCGAUAGUGACUUUGAAAGUCCUGUGGGCUCGAGAAAGAGAGAUAAAGAGCUGAGAGACACAUACAGUAUGGGGACAGGACUCUAACCAACAGUGAGGAGGCAUUCCUGAAGACUUUGAGACCUGGUCACAUCCUGGCAUUUGCUACAGGGAGCAGCAAAGUCCCAGCCAUUGGCUUUCAUCCAUCUCCUAAAUUAAUGUUUAUUCAUGAUGAAAAAAAACAUCUUCCCAUUGCGCACACUUGUGCAAAUGAGCUUCACCUUUUUGUAAACGCAAAAACAAUGGCUGAUGCUGAUGAUGAUGAAUUUAACUACUGCUUCCUAGUAGCACUAAUGAAUGGAUCUUUAUUCAGCACCAUUUAAACAAACUUGUUAAUUUGUUAAAGAACCCCUGCAGUGUAAUACACCACUGUUUAGUGCAGGGCUCCACAUGUUUGUUCAUAAACGACAUAGUUUGUCCAUGUUUUAAAGCAAUGGUUUUAAUUGCAGUACACAAGAAAUCUUAAAAAGAAAUACUUAAGCUUGUGUUGUUCCAUCUUGCUCCACACUUCGCCCUGUUUUCUUACAAAUUUAAUUUUUUUACCUCUGUGAGGACUAUCUGACCCUUCUUUAUACUGUAAGAUUUUGUACUGUAUGAUUGAAAAGAUAUGGAAUCAAUCGUCGCAGUAAUAAUAAAUUUCAAAUGUAGUUUCUUUAACCUUGUGAU